AUGGUCGCUCAUUUGACUGGUCUUCCUGAAGUCACCGGACACCACGAGUACCCGGAUGGUCUUGAGCAUCGGUCAGACGACAUCAGCAGCAAUAUUUCCACAUCCAUUGUGAAGCAGAGAUGGAGCGAAUCGAGCUCCACAAUAUUCUCCGAUGAGACACGAAUACGUGUCUAUGACUUCGAGGAGAGGGAGGGUGUUUUCGACUACAAGACGAGGUUGAUGGAGCAAGCAGUAGAUGUCCGACAGGUGUUGAGCUCGACCAAUGGAGACGUACCCAGGAUCAGAAUAAUGGAGGCAUCUGUUUCAUGA